AUGGCUGCAGGUGGCAAGAGGCCGGAAAAAUCCCCGCGGAGGAAAAAACCAAAAGCCCAGAGGGCCAAGCCACCGGCGAAGCCCAGAAAGUCUCCGGCGGGCAGAUGCAAACCGGCUCUGAAGAGGUUAAGCUGCGAGGUGAAGAAGAGGUCCUGCAGCAGGUACAUCUCCCGGCUGAUGAACCGGCUGCGGCCGGGCCACGUGCACAUGUCGGCCAAGGCCAAGAGGUUGAUGAACUCUUCCAUGUGCAUCCUCUGCAAGGGGGUGGUCACCGAGGCUGACCGCCGCCGGCGCCAGCGCCGCGGGUCCUUCAUAGGUACCUCGGAAGUCCAGGCGGCUCUGGACAAGGUCAUGAAAGGCAAAGCCGGCGUGUACGUGGCCUCCACCAUCCCCAGCAGGUCGUCCUAG